UCUGCAUGUGUACCGAAUUACAUGUGUUGGAACAUUCCUUCAGUGCUUCUCACUGGUUUUAAUGUCAGUGAGUUCAUUUCUGGGUUGGGCCCCAGUGAAUCCUAGGAACGCCUCUGGAAAGAAAACCUAAAACACAUGUAAAGGUGCGGAAGGUUGAGAGAGACAGACAGCGGCCGGCCUGUGAGCUUUAUUAUUUAUGUAUUUAUUUUUUGCCGGCAGUGCUCAGCCUCCAGAUUAUUGCGUGACUGUGAGAGUGCGCGCUCCCCGCACCUCUCCCUCUCCUCUGUUUCUCAGCAGCAGACACGCAUCCAUGGAGCGCUCCCGCAGCCGCCCGCAGCCUCACCGCCUCGGAAACCAGAUUCUAACAUGACAUUAGGAGACAACCCGGCUCUCUAAAGCAGGAGCUCAGUUCGGUCCGGCCCGCUUUGCCUCACAGAACCUCCCCGGUAUCACUCCACAACUUUUUACCCCCCUCUCCUUCACUUCGGGGGGCAGAAAGCUGCUUCCCUGGAAUUACCGGAGCUCCUGCUUCAUCCCUGCUCUGGUUCUGUGGCGGCUUCAGGAGGCAGGAAGAAGGGGUGGAGGGAUCCAUAUGGAUGAGGCAGCCGAACAGGAGAUGUCUCUGCCGGGUAUCCGGCGCCGGGAUGGAGCGACGCCGAACCGGAGGAGGGUGAAGGCGAGACGGAAAAGGCGAAAGGAGCUGGUUUUGAUCCAGAUCUGCUUGUUCGGAGGAUUCCUGCUGGCAGCGAAGGGCUUCUCAUACUUCAAGGAAAAUCCAGAUUUUCCCGCCUCGGCUGAGGGCCAGGAGAGACGCGUUGGACGGAAGCUGCUGCAGGAGACGUCCAACAGCAGCCUGGAGGAAGAGGAGAUUGAUGAAGAGCAGAAGAACUGCACCGCUCCAGCUGUACACGAGUUUCCAACCGACUUCUUCACAAACAAGGAGAGAACUGAAGGAGCCGUGGCUCUGCAUGUGCUCUGUACCGUCUACAUGUUCUGCGCUCUGGCGCUGGUCUGCGAUGACUACUUCGUCCCUUCCCUGGAGAAGAUCUGUGAGCGCCUCCAUCUGAGCGAGGACGUGGCAGGAGCGACCUUCAUGGCAGCUGGCAGCUCGGCUCCAGAGCUCUUCACCUCUAUAAUCGGCGUGUUCAUCACCAAAGGAGACGUCGGGGUCGGCACCAUCGUGGGCUCCGCCGUCUUCAACAUCCUCUGCAUCAUCGGCGUGUGCGGCUUCUUCGCUGGCCAGGCUGUGAAGCUGUCUUACUGGGCUCUGCUCAGAGACUCCAUCUAUUACACAUUUUCCAUCAUAGCACUGAUUGUGUUCAUCUAUGAUGAGAAGGUGUGCUGGUGGGAAUCUCUUGUUCUGAUCCUCAUGUAUGCCGUCUACAUCCUCAUCAUGAAGUUUAACGGAAAGGCUCAUCAGUACUUCAGCCGGAGGAAGAAAGGUUCUGGGAACCUGGCGAAUGGGCUGACAGGAAGUACGGAUCUGGAGGACAACGUCUCGUACGACGCAACGGCAGUUCUGCUGAAGAAAGCUAACUUCCACUGUCCGCCGUCGGUGCUGAUGGUGGAUGAGCUGCUCUCCGCGUACCCCCACCAGCUGACCUUCUCUGAGGCCGGCAUGAGGAUCAUGAUCACCAGUCACUUCUCCCCAAGGACUCGCCUCACCAUGGCGUCCCGCAUGCUCAUCAACGAGAGACAGAGGCUGAUCAACACCACAGAGACUCGGGUUAACUGCAUCACCAACGGCGACUCGGACUCCGCCACCCGAGGUCUGGGGAGGCGGGGCCUAGAGAACGGGAUGGGCGGAGCUGAGCAGGGCUUCAACGGGAGGCUGCAGCGGCUGGAGUCAGGCAACGAGACGGAAAACGAGGACAACGAAAACAACGAGAACGACGAGGAAGGAGAGGGAGAAGAGGACAACGAAGGGCCGCUGGUGCCAUUUAAAGUCCCAGCGGGCGUCUGUAACAAACUGAAGUGGCUGCUGAUGUGGCCGCUGUCGCUGGUAUUCUUCUUCACCAUCCCAAACUGCGCCAAGCGGCGCUGGGAGCGAUGGUUCAUGGUCUCCUUCUUUACCGCCACCAUCUGGAUCGCUGGCCUCUCCUACAUCAUGGUCUGGAUGGUGACUGUGAUCGGCUUCACUCUCGGCAUUCCUGAUGUCAUCAUGGGAAUCACCUUCCUGGCGGCCGGCACCAGCGUCCCAGACUGCAUGGCCAGCGUGAUCGUGGCCCGCCAAGGUUUGGGAGACAUGGCCAUCUCCAACUCCAUCGGCAGCAACGUGUUCGACAUCCUGGUGGGUCUGGGGCUUCCCUGGGCGCUGCAGACGCUCUGCAUCGACUACGGCUCCAACGUCCAUCUGAACAGCAGAGGACUCAUUUUCUCUGUAGGAAUUUUACUCGCCUCAGUGUUCUUUACAGUCCUCGGCGUCCAUCUCAACAAAUGGACUCUGGACUGGCGGCUGGGCCUGGCCUGCCUCGUCAUGUACGCCAUCUUCCUCUGCUUCUCCGUCCUCAUCGAGUUCAACGUCUUCUUCUUCGUCAACCUCCCCAUGUGCAGAGACAUCCACUGACCCCCGCCCUCCCUCUGCCCCUUCCUCCUCAUCCUCCUCUUCGUCAUCGUCCGUUGGCUUGCGGAGGGAGAGAAACUCAACUUGGCUUCCGGUUUGUCGACGCCUCGGAAACGAGUCCGACCUUUUCUUUGUUUAGGAAACCACAGCUUCGUUUGAAACGUCUUGAGGAAGACGCAGAAGGUUUGGGUUUGCUUCUGGAACCGGAUUGGAUGGCCAAAGAUGGCGCCCCGCCGGCAGAGAUUGUUGCCAGACAUGAAUCAAACAGUUUUGGCUGAACUGAACAGCAUCUUGGCGGACAGUUAGGCGAGCAGCUCCUGUUACGUAAGAGAGGAAUCAGCGAUUUUUAGCAUUUUUACAAGUUUGGGUUUAAGCACAAAAUUAAGGUAUUUUUAAGUGGAAUAGAGAUUUCUCUGUAUAUAUUUGAGGAUUACAUAGGUACUUGUUUUAGCUGUUAAAACUGAGUCUUUUCUGCACAACCGAGGGACCCGAAGAAGCAUUUAAGUGAUAUUUGGUGUUGCUUCAACAUGUCCUCCGUUCCGUUGCAUGCUGUUCGCCACAGCGGUCGCUUCGCACUCACAGAGAGAAUCUUCAUGUCUAACACUUUUAAUAUAUAGGCUGUUUUCUUCCAUGUCCAAGUAGAUGUGGUUUUACCAAACCGACGAAUGAAAGGGACCUACUCCAGCACUGUCACUUUAACGUAGAGAGAUAUAUUUCUGUAAGAGCGGUCUGCGGUUUUCUGGAAGUGUGUACCUGCUGCCUGUAGACCUCCUGUUAGUCUUUUAGUUGUUGUUUAAAACCAAAAAGUAUUUUAGGGUAAGGGUCAUAGAUUGAGCGUGUGUGUGUGUGUGUGUGUGUGGAUGCCACUGCUUCUGGGAAGACAUCAUCAUGAUUUAUUUAUGAAUUAACUUAUUCAAAGAUCAUGUCUGAACAGCAGUGUCAGUGCUCAUGGUGAACUCUGCGAUGCGGCACACCUAAUAUUUAAUCUAACUACUGAUGUUGUUUUUACAGAUCUUUAUAAUUUAUAAGUUUUGUACAGUUUAGUUCAAACACAUGAGACAUCGCGGAGCAUACUCCUCCUCCUCGCAUUAAAUUAGUGAUGAACUGUGGCCGUAAAAGAUUGGUUUGAGGACAACAGGAAGUGAUGGCAUGCCAGCAUUUGAGCUUUUACAGCGUAUUAUUCCUCUGCCGUCUCUUAUAUUUCAGACUUUAAUGCUAGAGGCAGGAGUUAAGAUGCAUUAAUGUUAUAUCAGCUUUAGGGUUUUUCUUAUUUAUUUUAACAUUUUUUGAUUCUCUGUUUCUCAGGGUGGAAUAAUGAGAGAACAUUCAAUUGCAAUUAUUUUUAAAAAGCAAAACCUGCAGUAAUUUGAAUAUAUUGUAGAUUUUCACCAGUAAUAUUUAAACAAAUAUCUGCACAACUUUAGCUGAAAGGAUGUGAUAUUCUGUGUCUCGUAAUGCAUCAAACUAAACUGCAGUGGAAACACAUUUUCGCAUCUCGAGUCACAUGAUCAACAACCGGAUGUUUCCAUUGAUACAAACCAUGAAAAAGACGACAGGAAGUAGUUGGAGGAUCAUGGCGUUUAGGUUAUAUUCAUGUUGACUUAUUGCAAUUAUUCACUUGUGAUCUUAUUUGCUUUUCUUAUUCAAUGAAAACAACAAUUGCGAAAUUGCGUCUUUUUUGUCGUUAGCAGAAUAUUGACAAAUUUUUUGAGGCAAACAGGAAACCAAAAAAAUAAUUAAAAAACUACAAUAGUUAUUUGAAUCUGAGAAAAUAGGCUGAGUAACAAUUUUCUCAACUAAAUCUACAGUUUUCUAUAAUGUCAUUUCACUCUCGUUGUUUUGGGUAUUGUGUUAAGCUUUUAUGCUGCCAAAGAGAAAACCAGAUGCCGCCAUUCAGCAGUCAUUCAACAUGGUUAUUUUCAAAUUAAAUUAACCUGAAGAUCUAGGCUGAUGUAUGUAUAUAUUUGAGUCAGAGUGCAUUUGUACAUUUAUCUAUGUUGUCUUCAAAAUUCCCUGCAGUUUUUUGUCGUAUAAUUAUGCCACCCUAGAGAAAAUCAAAUAAAUCGCCAAAUGCCUAAAAUGAUACAUUUAUGCCCAUGAUGAAAACUGUUUAGAGAAAAAUUAAAGAUAAUUUUUUACAGUAUUACUUCUGUUUCCGCAUGUGUUUAAACUAAAUAUGGAAGUAUUUGUUAUUUAUUUUUAUGAGAUUCAAACCGGAAGCAUCUGAUGGAUGUGCAGCUGCUCUCCCAGUACCCACCAGAGGGCGCCGCUGAGCAUCUUUACACAUCCGCGAAAGCAGCUGUGUUGGGUUUAUUUUCCAACACAGACUAACAGAUGCUUUUUUGCAUGCCUCUAUAACUAUUAAAGUUACUUUGUGUGAUUUUAACGCAUUUCUAACACCAAGAAGACACUGACUGCUUGGGUUAUGCUGUACAUAUCAGGGGGGGAGUUGCGACUUUAAAUUCUGGAAACAGAUUUCUUUAGAACAUAGAUCUGCAGACGUUAGAUCUGUUUAUUAUUGUUGUCAAAAGUCUUUUGGAUAGUUUGUAAAAGAUCCAUUUUUGUUGACCUCUGGGAAGAACCAGAAGGAGAAGAAAAUGCUCUCGCAAUAAACUGACUUACAUAAAC